CUCAACCCACCGCCCAUCGUGUACACACUCUUCCAACCGCUCUUGGUGCAGAUAGUGUGGCUCCGCGUCCAUGGCUUGUGCUGGAGUAUGAACUCCCUGAAUAUCAUCGCACACCUUGGGAGCACUCCCCCGCCCAGCCCUCCCCGAUCACGCGCCGCGUCAGAAAGCAACCUGCUCAAUCCCCGACCCCGACUUCAUUCUACGCACGAACCGAAUGAUGCGGGUGGACACGCGGUAGUGACACUGGACGAAAAGGGCAACAAUAUGGCCAUUGGCAGCCCGGAGGCACCCUCUGACCAUGGAGCCGAUGCGGUUAGGUCUGGCGGAGACUUGGACGAGAAGACCCCGCUCCUUAGCCAGUCCAGAGAUGGUCCUUUUGAGGAGGCUCGGAUCUCAAAGGCUUGGUUGAUACCGAAAAGAAUAUCAGAUGCGUUCAUUGGGACCGUCAAAGUAAUUUUUGCCGCCAUCACGGCGCCCGGGGUGUACCUCAUCGGAUGUUUUUAUGAAGAGGACGGUCACUUCUCUCUCCUUACUCCCGUUUACAAGAUGAGCCGACGGCUCCGCAGAAAGAGGAAAAGCAGGUUAGAACCUGUGCCUGCUGCGUCGUCCGAUUUGAACGAGAAGGAAAGGAAGAAGCUUAAACGGACAGGAGAUUCACAUGCCAGAAUCAGGAGAAGUUCCGCUCGUUCACUCUCAGAUGCUUCAGCAUCAGCGAUUACAUCCGAGUCAGAGGACAGCGAAAGACCGCCCAGCAGAGACAACGAAUUCGAUUCUCCUUCGCGGAAUUCGAGAUCCAAGUCGAAUGCAUCCCUUUCGGAAGAGAAUGCACCAUCCAAGCGGUCAAUAACCAUCCGGUUACAACCCCAGGAUGCGGUGCGGCAGCGCAAAACUAAAAGGGCAUCGAGAACUUCGUCAAUCAGCCAGAUCUCUGCAGAAGAUGCGGCUGCGAUCAAGUCUGCCAAUUCAUCCGUAACGGCGCAGACUAAGCAGUUGACGAAGUUCCCGAGGGCCCCUAUGCCCCCGCGACCUCUGGUCCCGCGUCGCCAACCUUCAUACUCCGCGUCCGGCGUUUCCGUCCUCGGCCCACAUCCAAAGACCCUUGUUUUAGAUUUGGACGAGACUCUGAUCCACAGCACAGCACACGGCGGGCGUUAUACAACAGGCCGUAUGGUGGAAGUAAAGGCACCUAGUAUAGGGCCUGACGGCCGUACUAUUGGGCCCCCAGUCCCCGUCUUAUACUACGUUCACAAGCGCCCGCACUGUGACGAAUUCUUGAAGAAGGUCAGCAGAUGGUACAACUUAAUAAUAUUCACGGCGUCGAUUCAGGAGUACGCGGACCCAGUCAUUGACUGGCUAGAGACCGAACGCAAGUAUUUUGCAGGCCGUUACUACAGGAACGAUUGCAUAAAACGCGGCGAGCUGUACAUUAAAGACAUUGCGAAGGUGGAACCGGACUUGAGUAAGGUCAUGAUCAUUGACAAUACUCCGUUCUGCUAUGUGUUCCACGAGGACAAUGCGAUACCUAUCGUAGGCUGGCUGAGUGACCCUACUGACCGUGAAUUGCUCCAUCUGAUACCUCUGCUUGAGGGCUUGCAGUAUGUCACAGACGUGCGUGCUAUUCUUGGAUUGAAAGCAGCUCAGCUAUAGAUGUUGUAAUAACAGCAGGGGAAGUCAGAUGUACUGAACGACCUGUAUUCUACGCAUUCUCCGUUAGAGCGCGUGGCUUGUGGACUGCUGGAGCGAGACUUCUGUCCGAAGAGGAGUGAGAAGCGCAGAUACCCAAAGAUGUUUGAUUUCCUUCCAAACUUGUUCGUUUUCCAGAUGAUCGCGAUGAGUAGUUGUUGUGACUGAAAUGCCGACGGCAAAGACAGCUGCGGCAUGCCUGCCACCAAUGGAGAUAGCCAUUCAAUUCACCCAUGCGAUCUCAGCAGCUGCGGGCACGUGGGGGGCCACUUGGCGG